UUAUUGUUGUUGCUAAUGGAACCGUGGAGCACCAUGAGAGAAGGAGCUGAUAUGCAAAUGAGAGUGCCACAGUUGCCUAUUUUGAGGAUGUACAAUACACUGGUGGAAAGAUGCUUCACCGACUGCGUAGACUACUUCAAGCGCAAGUCGCUGGACAAGCAGGAAGAAACAUGCGUCCGCCGAUGUGCAGAGAAAUUCUUGAAGCAUUCGAUGAGGGUCGGCAUGCGAUUUGCAGAACUCAACCAGGGUGCUGCUACUCAGGACUAAU